GCUGGUACUGAAAGAGAAGUAAGCGUCGGCAUUCUCGUGAUAUUGCCUGUUCGCAGAUUUAACAACGGUAUCAACCUUAAAUCUAGUAUGACGUUUAUUAUACGAGCAGCUGCUUGCGUUACACCAAAAUAUUAUAUUCUUUGUGAAAGGCCGGAACGACCGAGCGAAAUAUUGAAUUGAAUAGAAAAGAGUUGCUUUUGUUGCGGAUUCUGAGUUACACAGUCGAGACGUAAGGAGCACGAUGACGGAUCUAACAGAGUUACGAAUGAACGUGGCCGCACUGAAACGAGUAGAUCCCUAUGUGAAAGAUAUUUUGGAAACUGCGACGCACGUAGCACUGUAUACAUUCAAUGCGGUUAAUAACGAGUGGGAAAAAACCGACAUCGAGGGUGCAUUGUUCGUAUACUCACGAAAUGGCGAGCCCUAUAACAGUGUUCUUAUCAUGAAUAGAUUAAAUACGAAUAAUCUAGUGGAACCAGUUACACAUGGUUUGGAUUUACAGCUCCAAGAACCUUUUUUAUUGUAUAGAAAUUCUAGAUGCAACAUCUAUGGUAUUUGGUUUUAUGACAAAGAGGAAUGCGUGCGUAUUGGAGCAAUGUUGAAUAAACUGGUUAAGGAAUCAGAGGAGAACCGUAAGGCUUGUGACAAGCCUGUUGUUAAUGAGAAGAAAGAUUCUGGUCCUAAUGUGAACAAUGUUGACAUAUUCAGUAUGCUUAGCAAAGCUCAAAAAGAUUUUAAUACUAAUAGAAAUAGUAGUAGCAUUGGAGGUGGAGGAGGAGGAGGUACAAGGGAGGGGCAUAGCAUUAAGUCUCCUCUAGUUAUUCCUAAUUCAGAUAAUGUAUCUGGGCCAUUGAUUGCUCCAUUAGGUCCAGAUGUUACUUCACAGAGUGUGAUGGACUUUUUUGCAAAAGCAAAAGUUAAUACUGGUCAUUUUAAAGCUGGCGAUCAGCCGACACCAGGGGGCACUGUUCCGAACGAGAGUAAACCUUUACUCGCACGGUUAAUGUCGCAUCCUGCGGCACACACGGUAGAACAUAUUGAAAAGCAACAUAGAUCAAUAACUCCUCAACCGGGGACUCAACAACAAUCUCAGACAACUCCAACCGCCAUAAUGACUGCUAAUAACGUUGCCAGUAGCACGUCGUCGAACAAAUCUAAAAGACGAAGCAAGACUGCUUCUCAGCCGGAAUCAAUGAUACCUACACCAGCAUCAAUGACUCAGGAUAUUCCACCGCCUGUAAAUUCAAAUACUACGGAUACGAAUGGUACAACAGGCUUUCUGAGGAUACAGUCACCGACAAAUGUAUCAUCCUCUAAUUCAACGAAUCAUCAGGCCUCGGAUGUUAUUGGUUCUAGUAAUUCAAAUCCACUUGCAUCUUUGUUUGCUCAUGCAUCUGCUACAUCGGCAUCGGAAGAUAUCAUUACUGCGCCCACUUUAUCGGGAAGAGGAUCGGCACCGGCAUUAAUACCUCCGGUCAUGUUCGCGGCACCUAGUCCGCCUGAACCGUUAACGAGACCGUUAGAACCGUUGACGAGAAAUCAGCUUCUUCAAGCUUUUAAUUAUUUGUUGAGAAGCGACCCAGAAUUUAUCAACAAACUACACGAAGCUUAUGUCAAAUCAUUUGGCGAGAUUCUGUCCUAAAACUAUGAUCUGUUAACUAAAUGUAACUAGAACCCGUCAUGCGGGUUGUGACGGUCGACUGAUUACAAAAAGCAUCGAGCAAAACCCUGGUAUCCCUAUGUUACGUGUACAUAGAUGGAACACUAUUGUCUUGCUCGAAAUUUCAAUUGAACUUGACUGGUUAGCCCAAUUUUGUUGGGGGAAUGAACAAAGCAUAGAGAUACAAAUGAAGAUACAUACCUUAAGCAGUAUUUUUAUAAGCUAAAUACAUUUUUUCCCAAGAAAGGAAACGAAAUGGACCGCGAAAGCGAAGCAAGAUUGAAUAAAGAAAAGAAUAAAAAAAGGAAAUCGAGUGAAAAUUAAAAAAAAUGGAACGAAACAAGGAAUGUGAAAAUUGUACGAUUUUAAACUGUGAUGCCAAAAAACAUUUAUAUUAUUACUAAACUGUUUUAUGGUUACUAUUUCGAAAGUGGAACGAGACAAAUUUUCUGAGCCGAUCAAAUCGAUUGUUAAUUUUACAGAAUAAUGACAUACCCUUCCUAUAUAUCGGGUAUCGAUAUGGUAUGUGUAUGUAACUGAUAAAAAAGGAAUAAAUAAAUAGAGAUCCGAUUACUGCAAAAA